GAAAAAGCUUCACCAGCUGCAGACUGCUUGGUAUGGUACCCAGUGUUCCAUACCAUUGAUCGGUGGCCUUUUGACCUGGAAUACACCCAGCAGCCAUGACAACAUCUGGUCCCAGGGCCUGCUUUAUUCUCACCUUGCAUGUCGUCAUUUUUCUCUCACUGCUGUUCUACAACAGCUUCUUGACCCACCGCGAGCUGCAGAGUUACCCCAACGGUGCUCAUGGAGACAUCAGGAUUCUGGUGUGGCACUGGCCGUUUGGCCGCUCCUACAGUCUGGACGGGAACAAAUGCCUCAAGAUGUAUAACAUCAGCCGUUGUUUACUCACUGAUGACAGAGCUGACUUCUCUGCUGCCGACGUGGUUGUGUUCCACCACUAUGAGCUGAGCAGAGGUCUUUCAUCUGUGCCCCUACACCUGGAUCGACCUACGUCUCAGCACUGGGUGUGGAUGUCCUUGGAACCUCCUGUCAAUAAUGUGAACCUCACACAUUUCAACGGCCUCUUUAACUGGACGAUGAGCUACAGGCGUGAUGCAGACAUAUCCAUUCCUUAUGGGCAAACAAUGCUGGGAGGUGAUAAUCUAAGUUUUCCAGCUGCUCCAAAUCGCUCCUGCUUUGCCAGCUGGGUGGUCAGCAAAUACAAGCCUCAACAGACUCGGGCUGCUUUUUAUCAAAGACUAAAGAAGCAUAUCCCCAUAGAGGUGUAUGGCAGGUGGAACAAGAAACCCUUGCCAGACAAGAAGCUUUUGCCCACCAUUUCAAACUGUCUGUUCUACCUUUCUUUUGAGAACUCUGAGAAAAAAGACUACAUCAGUGAGAAACUCUGGAGGAACGCUUUUCAAGCAGGGGCUGUACCAGUGGUUCUCGGCCCCAACAAGGCCACCUACGAAGCCAUGACCCCCCCACAUUCCUUUAUCCAUGUAGCUGAUUUCAAUAGCCCAGCUGAUCUGGCAACAUAUCUGAAGGUUUUGUCUGCAGACAGGCAGGCCUAUGAGAAAUACUUGGAGUGGCACAACACCUACCGAAUUAAAACCUACAGUGACUGGAGAGAAAGGCUGUGUCAGAUCUGUGUCAGGUAUCCCAGUUUACCAGCCAGGAAAGUCUACCACGACCUGGACAGCUGGGUGAACGGCUAGUGUCUGAUUUCUUCACCAAAGGUUUCAGACUGCGGAUUCUGCUGAGUUUCCACAUGCAAAUGUAAAAUGCAGAACACUUGAAGUACAGUGGAAGAGAAUUUGUUGCACAGUCAGUUAAUUUUGGUAAACGGUGAGAAACUGCAAGUUGAAGCAGGUGGGUAGGUUGCUAAUAAUCACGUUACACAUGUUCGAACUACAGGUAAACGUGCCACUGAACAAGAAGCACGGUUUUUGUUAGUACUGACUGCUGGUGUGCAGUAUCGUCUCAAAGGACAUGAGCGAUGGCAGAUACACACUACAGAUACAUUUCAUUACAUGGUACCAGACUGAAAUAAUAAUUCAGGGCUCCAUGCUGGGCCACUGUGUUUUAUUUAGGGCUAUUCUUUGUGAGCAGUAGCAGAUAUUCUCCUGCCACUGCUGGACAUUUCUCUGCUGUUUAUCAGAAUAUUGGUGCCCCUUCCUUGGAAGGCGCAUUAACAUUUGCUUACUUUGUUCAAUGCCACUUGUUCAAAUGUUCUUGAUGUUC